UUGGUGCUCCGAUAGGAAGUGGGCGGGCUUAAACAGGUCAUCUUGACCAAAACAAGCAGUCCGCGUGUAGAAACACGAGAAAGAAGGAGGAAUAGUUGGGCUGCGAAAAAAAAGUGACAGGAAUUAUCAGGGGACAAAAAGUUUCUUAGGACUAGGGAGUAGUUGGGGUGCUAAAAGAGUCUUAAGCCACCCCAAAGAAGACUUAACAAGGCGAAUGGAGAACCAAAGUAUACUUUAAACAAGCGGCACAAACAGGCCUGCUGCCAGAUGGUCCCAGAUGGACUCCAGCAGCGAGACCAACAUGAUGUCCUCUGACCUCCCAGGCGACCAUUACUGUGAAGACACCCAGAGCCAGAAAGCAGCCCGAGGCCAAGGCUGCAGCUGGCUGGUGGUGGUGGCAGCGGUGACGGCCUCCCUAAGCGGCCUGAUGCUUGGCUACGAGAUCGGCCUGACGUCGGGGGUGCUGCUACAGCUGCGUGGCAUCCUGUCGCUCUCGUGCCAGGAACAGGAGCUUCUUGUCAGCUCCCAGAUUCUCGGCUCUUUGCUUAUGUGUCUCGCCGGUGGUCCCAUUCUGGACCGCUGGGGCCGCCGUUGCUCUCUGAUCCUGAGCGACUUCAUGGUGAUCGGGGGGACAGUCCUGCUGUUGGCCAUCACCUCAAUGACGACGCUGACGAUAGGGCGAGUCAUCGUGGGCAUGGGCACGGCGCUGUCAGGAACCGGGUCCUGCCUGUACAUUGCGGAGAUCUCGCCGCGGAAGAGGCGUGGCCUGUUAGUGACGCUGUACGAGCUGAUGCUAGUGGUGGGCGUCUUGCUUGGCUUCGGGUGUAGCUACGCCUUCUCCACGUUCAUCAAUGGCUGGAUGUAUACAUUUGGACUUGUGAUCCCUGUGGCUCUGGUUCAGAUCAGCACUCUUGUGUUCCUCCCGCCCAGUCCAAGGUUCCUGGUGGCACAGGGGAACAUGGAGCAGGCCAGGAUGGUUCUGGCUCGUAUGGGUGGGGGCAUGAAGGAGCAGGUGGAAGGAGAACUCAGGGACAUCCAGGCAGGACUUAAAGAGGAGUCUGAACACAGCUUCAUGGAGCUCUUCAGCUCCAAGUCCAACCUGCGAUCCCGGCUGCUGACAGGCGUGGCGCUCGUCUUCCUCCAGCAAACCACCGGCCAGCCCAACAUCCUGACCUACGCCUCACCGCUGCUACGUAGCGUCAGCUUCAACAGUGACUCCUCCGCCACCUUAGCGUCCACCGGCUUAGGCGUGGUCAAGGUAGUGGCCACCAUCCCGGCUGUUCUGCUGGUGGACCGCGUGGGACCUAAGACCUUCCUAUGUGUGGGUGCCGUCGGCAUGGGGAUGUCGUUGACCGCACUGGGCGGAUUGACGCUGCAGAGUCACACACACUUGUCCAGCCUGUGUGCCAGCAAUAUGACAACCAAUCACUCGCUCAUGAUGUGGGAUCCCAACAGAACCGCAGCGCUGUUAGAGAACAGCGGAACCUUCCCCACAAGCCCACCCGUCCAUUGGAACGGCACAGAAAUGACACAAGAUGAAGUCAUGUUGGGAGUUGAGCCAACGGAAGACAAGUCUAUCUCGCUCAAGUGGGCGUCGCUCAUCAGCUUGUUGGUGUUUGUGGCGGCUUUCUCCAUCAGCCUGGGGCCAAUGUCGUACGUGGUCCUCACCGAGAUCUUCCCAACGGGCGUCAGAGGUCGAGCCGUGUCAGUGGUGUCGGCCGUCAACUGGGGCACCAACCUGCUCAUCUCCAUGACGUUCCUCACUAUUACAGAGAAGGUCGGCGUUCCCAACAUUAUGUUCCUGUAUGCCGUCAUGAGCUUCAUACUGCUGGUGUUCGUCAUCCUCUGCGUGCCUGAGACUAAAGGACGUACGCUGGAGGAAAUAUCAAAAGAACUGGCUAAAAAGAAGCAUUUUAAGUUUAGUCUCUGCAAGAAAGUCCAACCUCAGGAGAUGAGUACAAUGUCCAGAGAGACAUUCAAAAAAUCCAGUGACACGCAUCCACUUCAUAACCCAUGUGAAGCAGACACAAAAAUGAACAAAGACUCCCUGUUCAGUAACAGUAAGCUAGUCCCUCUAUGUCAUAAUAAUUUAAGUCAAGACUAACAUGAGCAGCAUGGAAAACAUAUUUAAGUUAAGUUGACCGUAAAUAAAAAAAUAUAUGUAUUAAAAUCAAUUUAAAACAUUAGGUACACUUGCAUUCUGAUGGGAUCCAACAACAGCUUUAAAGGAAAAGUGCCAAUCUUUUUUGAACACUUGUUCAAUAAAAACCACAGCAGUAGAAAGUAACUAAUUACAUUUCCUCACAUUACUGAAAUGGAGUACUUUUUAUGGGGAGUAUUUGUCGUUUCUUAAAAUAUCUAUUCCUGUACUUUUGCUUCAAGGAGGAACACUUUUAAAAAAUAUAUAUUUUGGCCUUCAACCACAAUCCUUAUGCGAGACAUGGACACACUUUCUCUUUUCUGUGCAUUCUAAAGAUAUUAAAACAGCUAAAAAGAGACAGCUAGGAAUACACAUGAUGGGAGACAGCUAUUCCGCCCAUAAAACCUUCUGGGGAAAAAAAAAAAAACUCCAAAAAAGUGCCAAGAGUGCUGCAUUUAUACAAAUAAUGCCUUGCAUAUUAACCAAGCUACAGCAACAUUAUUUUUCUUUCAACACUGUUACACCCAACUAGUUUGAUUGGCGUAGUGACACCUUGCUACACCGUACCGGCUAGCUACUAGCUGGCUUCACCACUCUAUCACAAUUCCUCAGGCCACUACCGACAGGUAAAGCUAUAAAUUGGAGCUGCCUUUUGUUUUUGAGGUUACGCUAGGUUUAGCAGCGUUCUUUUAUGUUGCCAUGUGAAAUCAAUUUGCCCAGGAAGGAAGUUCCGGUAAUACUUAAAAUGACUGAGAAUUAUGUUACGAUGAAUGUGCCUGUUACUACAUGGGCAAAGCAUGUAUAUAAAACCGUAAAACUUGUUGGUGAGUCUCUUUACGGCCGUUAAUUAGCUGCCUCUUUUUAGCUGUUUUUAUACCUUUUGAACACACAGAAAAGAGAGACAUAUUCAUGUGCUGUUUUAAAAUAGCCAUUAAAUUAAUUCUUUAUUGGGAGAGAAUUUUAUUACGGUGAUUAUAGUUGACCGCGACUCCAGAUGAUGUGGUUCGUACAGCUGGUUAGGACGCCUCCUUGGCGAGGUAUUCAGGGCAUGUCAGACAAAUAAGAACUAGUUGGAAAGAUUGUCUCUCAAUUUGCCUGGGGAUCCGCACCUCAGGAUCCGUAGGGGAAGGUGGAGUCGCCGCUGAGAGAAGCCUGCGCUUCUCGUCUAAAGUCUAGGUCACAACCAGAUUUUUUUUUUUUUAAUUGGGUUUUGUUUUUUUUGUGCUCUUGAAUGUAGUUGUGGUGACCAUAAAGAAGCAUGAUCACAACGCCCCCAGCGUAUAACAGUCCAACGUGUGAAACACGAUCGACAUCUGAGGCUGCUUGGACAUACUCUGUUGUUUCAUUCGUACAGCCAACGCCCGUAUGUUGUAAGACCAACGUCCAUCAAACUUGCAGUACAAUUACUGGCCUUGUGUUGUGUGUGGCCUUUGAACCGUACCGAAAAUAUGAUUGGUUCUGCAAUUAUUAUUAUUUUUUACAAUAGAGCUCCUGCAACGUCACGUGCUGUGAUACAUAAAUGGUUAACAACCAUACUUAAUAUGUUUAAUAUAUUGGCGAUUCUUGUCCUUAAUGACAUUGCAAGCAGAGGAAAAAAAACAUUCACUGAUAAGUACAGAUACAAUAAACCAUAUAAAACUAUAUACCCAAGUUUUCGUGUGUUUGAUGCAUUCUCGCUGUACAGGCAACACUUUCUCAAUAAGCAUGGAGCAACUAAAAAUAUCUGAGCAUGUGUUGGCGGUACUGGGUUCACAAGUGGCACAGGACACGCAUAGAGUCCGCAAGUGCAACGUAUGGAAAAAAAAAAAAAAGACAUUUGACUCAAACUUGACUCCAACAAAAUGUACAAAAGACACACGUUGGCCGUACGGAUGAUGCACAAAGUGUGUAAGUUUGUUUUGCAGCCUGAAAACAACAUAAGCUGCUGUAGAGUUUUUUCAUGACAACAAACCUCUGUAGCCGGUCUGCAGCAUUUUUUUUAUAUGCACUUAGACUGGACGUAGGAGCCCGUAUGAUGGUUGUGACCUGGCUGUGAUCAAACGGAAUUAAGCGAAAGAUAGUUGACGAGAUAAUAUGCAGUUCUGUUGUCCGUAUCCUGUAGCUCAUACAGCACAUGCAUGUGAACCUAAUGUAGCCACAUAAAAAAGUAUUAAAUGAGUAAAUUGGUGAUUAACUGUUGCUGUUUUUCUGCUGAAACAAUGACUUGUGUAGGCCUGUUGACUAUUAAAAUCCAAGUUAAAUUGAUUUUUUUUCAUUGCAAACAUGAUUUAGGUUUGAUUUUAUUUUAUUGACAAAAUAGUCAUAUAUAGAUAUUUAAUAGUCAAAUAGUUGAGUGGUUGAAAAACGUCCCAGACGGGUGUCACACUCCAUUUAAAAUUGAACGCUUAAUCGGGGUGUCACCAGACUACUAUUAUUUCUACUACAUCACAUCCUUCUUCAAAAGGGCUCACUCCAUUCAUGCUGUUGUUCUACGGAAGAAACGAGGAAGUGCAGAAAACCAAUGCAGAGUGAACCAUCGUCCUGGCCGUUUGGAGGAGAUGCAGGAGAUGAGGAAAACAGGCACAUGCACAUGACCAUAAGCUGAGGCCGGCAAAUUAUUUUCAUUUAUUGUGUGAUUCAUUAUUUUAUUAUCGUCCCAGGCCUAGUGCCCACGAGACGUUUUUUUUUUUUUCGGAGGAAAGAAA